AUGCCUCUUCUACCGUCACGGUCGCGGCGUUCGCAUGAUGACUUCGACAGUGAUAAUGCUAGCGAUGACUCAUCAACGUCGAGCAAUCCUGCCCAUGCCUCAACAAGCCGGAAACGAGCACGGUUGAGUAAUGAGACAACUCUCACAUCACCCUCUCCUGAAUUACCCAAUGGAGAUGGAGACCCAAGGCUGUCUACAGCGUUACAGCAAGAGACGCUGCGAGCCAGAUCUUCAAGAAAGAAGCAUCAGCCAGGUUCUAUCGUCCGGGUCAAGCUUUCGAAUUUUGUGACUUACACCGCCGUCGAAUUCUUCCCGGGGCCAAGCUUGAACAUGGUGAUCGGGCCAAAUGGGACGGGCAAAAGCACACUCGUCUGUGCAAUAUGUUUAGGGCUAGGUUGGGAAACAAAACACCUUGGACGAGCUAAGGACCUCGGAGAUUUCGUCAAGCACGGUACUCGUGAGGCUUUGAUCGAGAUUGAACUUGCAAAAGAUGGUGUGAAGUUUAAGUCAAAUAUCGUCAUCCGAUGCUCUAUCAAACGAGAGGGAAACAAAUCGUCCUUCUCUGUGAAUGGCAAACCUCAGAAUAAGAAAUACGUGCUCAACCUUGCGCGAUCGCUCUCGAUACAAAUUGACAAUCUAUGUCAAUUCUUACCGCAAGAUAAAGUCGUGGAAUUUGCUGCCAUGACGCCAAUUGAACUUCUGCAUUCAACACAACGAGCUGUUGCCACUCAGGAAAUGAUUGAUACUCACGAGCAACUCAAAGAGUUUCGCAAAAAGCAGAAAGAGGUACAAACUAAAGUCGACGCAGAUCAAGACACUCUAAAUAAUCUUGAGGGUCGCCAACGUCUGCAAGAAGCCGAUGUAGAAAGGAUGCGGGAACGUGAGCAGGUUGUGAAGCACGUUGAGAUGUUGGAAUUAGCAAGACCCACAGUUGGAUAUCGCAUGGCGACAGAUAAAUUUCGAGCAGCUAAAGCUUCCCGACAAGAUGCUCAGGAAGAACUAAAGGAUUUGCAAGAAGAGAUAGAGCCAGCACUGCGAGCUGUGAAUGAAAAGAAAGGCUAUAAGAGGCAAGUAGAAGCGGUCAAUCAGCAAAGACGGGAAGCAGUGAAGACCUCGGAAGGCACCGCAGAUACAAUUUACAGCCAGUUUCGCGCCUCGCAAGACAAAUCACGCGAGAUAGACCAUGCCAUCCAGGCCGAGAAGGAUGCGGCAAAGAAGAAAAGGUCGGAAAUAUCAAGGAUCGAAGGCAUCGUCCAACAAUUGAAAGUCGAGCUUUCGCAUCGACCACCCGAUGUCGAUACUGCCGCAUACAAUGAAAAAUGUCGCGAAAAGCAAAGAAUUUGGGAAAAAGCUGAAACAGACAUCAAAGAAGCUCAACAGCAACAGCGUGAUAUAACCAGUCGAGGUCGAGAGUGCAAUCAACGGGCCGUUGCUGCUGAGGAAAGACUAAACGAUCUCGACUCCCAAGCUGGCAAACAGAAAAACAAACUUCACAUGUUAUCGCAAGAUACCGCAAGACUUUGGGACUGGGUGCAGCAGCAUCCUGAAGCGUUUGAAAAGCCAGUAUUUGGACCCCCGGUUGUCGAGUGCUCCAUUAAAGAUCCCAAAUACGUGGAUAUGAUCGAAGCGCUCUUCCAGAGAAAUAUACUUCUUUCUUUUACCGUACAAACGCGCAAUGACGGCGCGACUUUGUCAAGGAUUGCCCAUGAUCGUUUGAACCUCGCGGAGGUCAACUUCAAGACCGUAGUCUUCGAACUAGGGCACUUCAAAUCGCUUGAAUUAGAAGCGGAUGAGAUGCGGCGCUACGGCUUUGAUAGUUGGGCAAUGGGUCAUAUAAGUGGCCCAGAACCUCUCCUGGCCAUGCUCUGCGGAGAAAUGAAGGUUCACGAAACGGCAGUAGCACUCAGAGACUCAACCCCACAGCAAUUUGAAGCAAUCAAAAACAGCGCAGUCUCAAACUGGGUGACACCAAAAGCCACUUACAGGAUUGCUCGUAGAAAGGAGUAUGGUCCUGACGCUACGUCAACACAGUCAAAAUCCUUCAGGCCCGCGAGAGUAUGGACAGACCAGCCCGUGGAUUUGACGGCGAAAAGAGAGCUGCAAGAAAAGAUCAGUGAUGCAAAGGAAGAGCUGGCUGGAUACCGGACCCAGCUUGAUGAGGUAAAAGCUAAGAUGAGCGAGUGGCAAGAUGUGUACCGUACUAACAAAGCGGAAGCUAAAGAUUUAUCCGAGGAGAAGGCCACGAAGCAGAAAGCUUUAGCAGACUUCAAAGGCUUGCCAACAAAGAUUGAGGGCCAUGAAACAAAGUUGGUGUCACUUCGAGAACAGUUGAAUGGUCUGUCGGACCAACUGCAUGGAUUUAGCGAGAAGCAAAACGAUCUCGCAAUGGAUCGUGCACGCUUAGCUGUCAAGUACUCUGAUGCCGUUGCAUCACUUCGAGCGGCUCAUCAAUCCCUGCAUGAAGUGGAACUUGUCCUCAUCGAAGCAAGUUCGGACCUGAAAAUCUUGGAAGACCGCAACAGAUCUGUCGUGGAACUUCUAAACUCAAAGAGAACACAGAUUGAUGAACUCAACGAUGUGGUUAAAGACUCAAGCAAUGUAGCCAAGCGUUUUCUCAAUAAGGUUCAGCAAUUGCUCAGAAAGGAUGAUCAAGAGGAAGGACCGCUCCGUGCAUUCCUUCAAACGCUUCGGCCUGAGCAGACAGUGGAGGAAUUGGAGGAGGACAUACAGAGUGAAAGAGCGCGUCUAGAGCUUAUGCACGAAGGAAAUGGCAACACUAUCCGAGAAUUUGAAACCCGACAAAAGAAGAUCGAGGCUCUCACCGCCCAACUGACGGAAGAAAAUCAUGCCUUUGCCGAAUUAAGCAUGCACAUCGACCAGCUAAGGAGCCAAUGGGAGCCUGAGCUCGAUCGUCUUGUCAAGAGGAUUUCGGAUUCGUUUUCUUACAAUAUGGAACAGAUCAGCUGUGUUGGAGAGGUCGCUGUCGGAAAGGAAGAAGACUUUGACGAGUGGAGCAUUCUGAUUCGAGUCAAAUUCAGAGAAAACGAACCCCUAUCAACACUCAACUCUCACCGCCAGUCCGGUGGCGAGCGCGCGGUCUCCACAAUCUUCUACCUUAUGUCCCUCCAAUCUCUCACACCCUCUCCCUUCCGCGUCGUUGACGAGAUCAACCAGGGUAUGGAUCCACGCAAUGAGCGCCUGGUUCACAAACGUAUGGUCGACAUCGCUUGUGGCAUUACCCCCGUAGGCCCCCACUCCUCCAGUGACGAAGAUGAUGAAGGUGGCGAGCACCAAGGAAGCCAGUACUUCCUCAUCACGCCCAAGUUGCUGCAGGAUCUCGAGUACGCAAGGGGUAUGCAAGUGCUCUGUAUUGCGAGUGGAGAAUAUAUGGAGCAGUACCAGGAGACGAAGGUGGAUUUUAGGUCGUGUGUGGAUAGGAGAAAGAGCUUGAUGGGAGUUGGUGGGACAGGGGUGGGGAGGGUUGGUGUUGCUGCUGGAUGA